AUGGCAGCAGAACUGAAGGAGCGAGAAGAGCAAUUGACAGAUUUAGAGGAGUGGACGACAUACCAAGAAGAGCAAAAAGCAGAAAUAGAAGAACGAAGUAUAAGCCACACAGGUUUGUGGCCUUCGGUUUCAGUGAAACAAGUAAACACAGAGGCGCAUCUCAGACCACUCUCCGCCACCAUGGGUCGCAUGCACAGCCGCGGUAAGGGUAUUUCUGCUUCAGCAUUGCCUUACAAGAGAACUCCUCCCAGCUGGCUCAAAAUCAAUUCUCAAGAUGUUGAGGACAGUAUCUGCAAGUUUGCAAAGAAAGGAAUGACCCCUUCACAGAUAGGUGUUAUUCUACGUGAUUCUCAUGGUAUUGCUCAAGUGAAGAGCGUCACUGGUAGCAAGAUCUUGCGUAUACUCAAGGCUCACGGGCUUGCGCCCGAGAUUUCAGAGGAUUUGUAUCAUUUGAUCAAGAAAGCUGUUGCCAUUAGGAAGCACUUGGAGAGGAACAGGAAGGAUAAAGACUCCAAAUUCAGGUUGAUUCUUGUGGAGAGCAGGAUUCACCGCCUGGCAAGAUACUACAAGAAGACCAAGAAGCUCCCGCCCGUCUGGAAAUACGAGUCAACCACGGCCAGCACUCUCGUGGCUUAA